GUUUCUUUUUGCACUAGUGAUUUUGAUAGAGAUAGGUCCAAAAGGCAAUUUACUAAUUUUAAUUCCAAAUCAAGCCAUAAUUCGUCAUCAUUGUCAUCAAUUCACGUAUCCACUUAUAAUUGUAACACUGACGAACCAAAUCAGGACAGUUUAUCUAAUCCACGAACUGUAGAUAAUCAACAAGGAGUUAUAGUAAGAUCUCGUAGACAAUUAACUCCUAAUGCAAAAAUUAAAGAUCAAUCCAGAUUGGAAGAAAAAUUUUAUGAUAUAAAAAAAUAUUUUGCAUUGUCAGAAAAUAAUCCAUCAAGUAAUAUAAAUUUGAAAAACACUUUUCCAACAACAUCUUUCUCGUGUUCAACAUCUCCAAUAUCGUCACCAAAAUCAAUGUUUAAAUUAUCGGAUAAUGACCUUGUAACACCAAAAAAUUCAUAUCUAACAAGAUAUGUGCCCCCUAACAUACCUUUAUUUACAUCUACAUCCGUGCCUAAAUCUAUCACCGACACCAUAUCUUCUAAUGUUGCUUCUUUUCAAGACAGUGUUAAGAGUUAUUCAUCUACAUUUGGUGAUAAAGAAAACGAUGAGCCAAACAAAAACAUGCUUGUCAAAGACAAACUUGACGAUCAUGAACAGUAUUUCGCCACGGAAAAUUUUUUUGAAGUUGAGGAUAAUGGAAUUCUAAUGCUUGAAAUAUUUGAAGUUGGCCAAGAUACCUCUAAAAUUAUAGUAGAAUCAGUGGCAAGUCCGGAACACAAUAUAGAAAGCGGUAGUAUUCGUGCACUUGAUAAUCUUGAAGUUAAGACUGAUGAUGCUCAUGAAACAGAUCAAAAUAAUAAUUCAAUUGGAAAUAAGUUUACAGACAUAAUCCCAAUUUCUGAUCAAAAUUCUGAAAUCAAAAAUUUGAGAAAAGAUUGGAUUUGUCCUUGGUGCGACUUAAAAUUUCGGGAUCUUGUUAUGGUUUUUAAGAGAAAACAUUUUAAAAGUUGUUCGAAGUUAAAGAAUAAAACCAAAAAAAGCAUUCGUAAUAACAAUAGCAACCAAUAUAGCAAAAACAGAUCAAAUCAUAAUUACAGAAAUGGGACAACUUUGCUUGACUAUUUUCAAAAAGAAAUAUAA